UCGUGGUCAAACUCUGUUUAGAGUAACUCUAGGAUAAGCGCCAACGCUCACUUCGUUGAACAGUCUACCCCUCUCUCGCCUGACCGGUCUGGCGAGUUCGCGACAACGUCUCGCGUGGAUUCCUCUGUUCGCGUUUCGGUGAAGAAAACGUGUGUGGUUCACGUGCGCCGCGAUAAUCGUCGUUUCGUUCGCUUCGGCCACGACAGGUGCGCGUGAUCGUGCGCGUUGUGCAUAACGUGUGAAAGAAUCCUCGACCGUGCGCGAAGUGCGAAUCAGCAAGGGACGGCCGCGUGAGUAACGGAAAGAAUACUUCUUCCGAUUCAAAUCUUGAACGGCUGAUCUUUACAAAGUAAGCGUGGAAGGGAAAAGAUCGUCGUUUUGUACAAAUUGGUACACAAAACGCAGCAUCAACAAGAGAGAGGAAAGAUCUCAAGGAGACUCGGGAGAGUCGAGAAACUAUCGUUCGUCCUCGUAGCGUCCGCCAUUGCGCAGCGCGAAACGAACGACUCGCGGAUCGUGCCACUGUCUCGCCGCCGGUCGGUUCGAACGAUCGCCUUGCGGCAGGUGAGUAGUGCGCGCGCACGGGCAAGCGAUUGGAUCGGUUCGGCGCGGCCGCGCCGCGUACGGAGAGCGAGAGCGCGAGGCGGCCGCUCGCGAUACUUCGGGACUCUUCGCCACCUCUUCGCGCGCGCCACGAUCGCCCGUGGUAGCGCGGCAUACGUUCGUCCGUCGCGUAUACGUGCGUGUGCCCCGCUCGCCGUGCUCUCUGCCGUCUGUCCCGUCGCGCGUGACUUCCAACGUUCCGCGCGUUCCUCGCGAGAUUCGUGUGCCUUCGGUCCAGCGAGACGCGAAAGCGCGUACACACGGUCACUCUAGCGCACAGCUCGCGCGUUUCGAUUCCUCCUCACUUUCCUUCGCGAUCUCCUGCGCGCGCGCGCCAAGGGUGAGAGACCGAUAUGUCCUCUCUGAAGGACGAUAAGCCGUGCGCCCGGCUCUGCCACAUCGUCAAGUGGGACGAUUUCCUCGGCUACGGCUUCAACCUGCACGCGCAGAAGGGCAAGAAUGGCCAGUUCAUCGGCAAGGUGGACGACGGCUCGCCGAGUCAGGCGGCCGGCCUACGCCAGGGCGACCGUAUAAUUGAGGUAAACGAGAUCGACAUCGCGAAUGAGACCCACAAUCAGGUGGUCGAGCGCAUCAAGGCGUUUGCCAACGAGACGAAGCUGCUGGUGGUCGAUCAGGAGGCCGACGACUACUUCAGGGAGAACAACAUCGUCAUCAAGGGCACCAUGCUGAACAUCAAGGUGAUCAAGACGCCGGAGAGGAAUCCGAACAGCGUGGAACACGAGGACCGCUCGGACGGCAGCAACUGCUCCGUUGACGAGAGCACACAGAAGUCUAUCGGCUCCAACGACUCGGCGCACAGCGACAGCACCACCGCGGCGCAGACGACGACGACGACGACAACGGCGAUGACGAGCAGCAACAGCAACGGCGAUAACAACGAGACCAGCAUGCGAGAGAACGGCAACAGUGUGAGGAACAACGACGUGAGCCACGUGCACGGUACGGGUAAUGGCAGUGUGGGCGGCGCGAACAGCGAGCCCCGGCAGGGUCUGAACCUGAAGAUGAGCGCGAAGGAGCUCAGGGCCCAGCUGGCGGCGCGCAAGAAGUACGACCCGAAGAAGGAAUCGAUCGGCUUCAAGGACAAAUUCGACAUCGUACAGAAACUGUAGACAGCCCAACGUCCCCGUCACGAGCGUCUAUCUAUCUGUCUGUCUGCCUGUCUGUCCGUCAGCAACCUCGAACGAUCCUCUUCACUCCUUCCUUCCUCGUCAUCCUCCUUGCCGUUGCGUCGUCGUCGCCAUCGUAAUCGAACGCAACGACGAUCGCACCUUCCUCGCGUAAUGCAACGCACCGAUGAACCGAUCAAAUUCGUCCAUUGUACGCACUAUACACAUACAUAAACACACCGUCGUGCAGCUGCCGCAUCACGAUGCACGUCAUCGUGAUCGAUGUGAGUAUCGCUCAUACAUUGAUAUGCAGCAAUAGAGGAGCCUGCGGAUUAGACUUGAAACUUAGAGACCAUUAGGAGGUCGAGGGAAAAAGCAGAGAUGAUGUCGUUUGUGUGGACGCUCACUAAACGCUUGUUACCUGUCCGGCUUCACCGUUUGCACGGAUCUCCCGUGCCGUGCAAUUUCGAUCCCAUCCGCGCCGGAAGUCACGGCGGAUUUCGAGUCACCGGUUUAAGUCAACAUUUGACACAGGCAGGAGCUGUAACGAAGGGGAUAUUUUUCUUCCUUCUUCUUCUUUCAAGAAUUGCGCGUUCCUCGGUUUUAUCACGAAUCACAUUGUUUUCGUAAUACUAUAACUGUUGUUACGCAGUGGCUCAAAGGUAUCUAACACUUUCUCCCGGCGCAAUAAUUUAGUUUUUAGUUUUAGUUUUCAAAUGUUCUUCCUGCUGUAAAUAAUUAGGACACUUUCCAUGCGCACUACAUACACAUACACACACACACACACACAUACACACAUAUACAUGUGGUUAGUGAGUCAUUAAAUCUCAAUCUUUCGACUUGAUUGCCUAUAGUGCCGUCACAACUGAGCCUCUAAGCAUCGUCCGUUAAAUUCGGGAGAUCCGUUUGCCGUUUCUUCCCACGACUUUCUCCGGCGAGAAUUUAUCGCCGCGUUGUCUGAUGUAGUAAUCGUCCCCGAGUGUUACGUCGUUCGCACGGAUUUUUCAUCGGCGCGAGAGACAUUACAAAUUCUUAGCCGCGACUUAGAAAAAAAAAGCAGAAAAAACAGUCCGGACAAAUCCCUCGCGGGAUUACUCGACCAAUUGAAAAUUCACCUCGACGUUCGAAUUUUAUUGCCUUCAACCAAAAGUAUGAUUGCAGUUAGUCUAAUAAUUCGGUCGUCGUCGUUUGUAUAAAUCGAAAAACACGCGUGAAAAAGUAUCUUUAUACGGAAUCUUAACGAAUGCUAAGAAGUAACGCUCCUCCUUGAAUCGAAAACUUUCCGGACUAAAGUAUUUAAGACAAGUUUUUUUACACGGUCCAAAAAUUUCUGACUUCGAUUCGCGUGCGAAUACUAAACAGUCAAUUAAUUCGCUGCGAUUUCGGUCGAGUUCUGCUUUUGGACCAGUCUCUGUAAUGGGAUUAGCGCGGUUUUGAUGCCGACACGCGGGGGGAAUUUAACGCGCGAGGUCUCCACGCGUAUAAUUCGCGCGAAGCGUAAAAAAUAUUCGCGUGGCUCGUGCGCCGCCGUUGCGAAACGCCGCGUCAAUUUCGACUGCAUUCGGCGAGCCCGUAGCACGGCGCUGCUCGCGCCUUAAGGACUCGCAAGGACGGACGUUCCUCGUGCGUGCUGCAACGGUCCUAAGAAGUCAGAGCUGCGCGGUCCAAGGACGAGCGGCGUCGAUGUGGGAGAAAGUACAGUGCCGUCGAGCGAAGUCUGUCGGUCUCUCUAUUAUCGAAUUCGGAACGCGUUUCUGCCUUUGCGCGCGGCAAAAUCGAGGCAAAAGUCAGAAUCUGAGAUCUCGACAAUCUCGACAGCCUGCGACAAUCCGCAACUCGUUGUUCGAUAUUAUUGCUUGAACAAUUGCAGCACUAAGAUUAUAGGUACGGAAGAAAGUUCACAAUUUUUCACAACGAUCGAGGUAGUUUUACGCCGCACAAUGAUUCGUCCAAGCUUCAAUUGAAAUAAACAGUUGUGACGAUUAAGAUACCAAAAUUGUUCAUCAUCAUAUAUUUCUAUUCAUGAGAAAGGCAUUUCUUUGGUGCAAUAUUUUUACAAAAUACUGUCAAGUGUAAAGCCAUAGAUUGUAACUAUACAAGAAAUGAGUAAUUUAAUUUAAAUAAAUCACGAAGAAUACAACUGAUAAUCAACAGGAAGUUGAACUAUUUUAUUUCUAAAUGCAUUCUAAAUUAUAUUGAGACAGUUCAAUGUGAGGCACUGGGAGGCAUCGGUGCACGAGUUAAUUGAUCGAAUUGAGAAAUUUUUCGCACAUUUCUCGAGCUUAAUCGUGUUUUCAAUGUUUCAAUUGAUCGAACAACGAUUCUCGUUUCAAGUAAAAUUUUUGACGCAACAAUAGAAGAGAUAACUCGGUUCUCAGUCGCUCAUUUGUUGAUAAGAGCCUUCGAACAGUUGGCAAAUAUGUUAUGUUAGUCUUAUGUUAGUGAGUCAUUAACCAAAUUGCGAAACUCUUAACAAUUGUCAUUAUCGCUCAUUAUUGUCCACUUACUUUAGAGGAGAUUUCCAUUUCAAAUUGUUUUACUCGUAUUGCAUCAUUUGUCGAUGCAAUCUUUAAUAUACAUAUACACGACAGGGAUGCAUUUCUCACCGAUGCAUUUUUACUUUACCACCUUGUGGAGAACUCUGAGAGGUUUUCUUUCGAAAUUGCAUUUCGAUAACGACCGAUUGUGCACAUUCUAAGAAUUAAAAAAUAAAAACGCGACCUUCGGCAAGGUGAGAAAGGAGAGUCAAAGACCAAUUUCUGGAAAGAGAGAAAAAAAAACGUUCAGUCAGCUGCUCUUCCAGACACGCGAUUUUCUCGCGUCUCUCUGCUCCUCGUAUCACUCCUCGUCUCCGCAUUUCUUUUUAUUGUAGCAUCCGGUUAACAACUGCCACGGUCGUUGAUUGCGGCGCACCUCGUGGGAAAACGCGCGCUAACGUCCUUCUGUAAAAUUACUUUUAUAUGUUUGAUGCAUUCCUCAUUCAUCGUACGUAACGCGACGCGGCGCGAGAGAAAAUCACGGUAAAGACGCGACAGCAGAAUCGAGAGAAAGAGAGAGAGAGAGAGAGAGAGAAAGAGAUCAGCAAUUAACGCCGAUGCGAGUCGACAAUUGAAAACGCGACGCGAGCGUAAUCUUAAUUCUCCAACAGCGUUGGAAGAACUGACUUCAGAGCGACACACUAUAAGAAACAUUCAUGAGAUCGUAUUUUCGAUAUCACGCGACGUUCAAAGUUCUAUCGGAACAAGUAAUCUAUAAGUAAUAGAGGUGGACAUCCUCGAAUGUGUUGCUCAACGUGCGCAAAGCGGCUCUGCGCCGAACGGAACGAAAUUAAUUAAAUAGCGGCUUCCACGACCGACUAACGAAUAUUAUCAGAGCCACGAUAAGCGGAUACGGUAUAAGCAGGUAUAUACUCGGCUGAAAUUUAUAACUCGCGUUGCGCCGCGUUCGAUAACCGGCCGAACACGGCCGUUGCGUAAUCGACAAGAAUGUCGCGUCUACAAUGACAAGACGGAGGGAGAGAGAGAAAGAGAGAGAGAGAGAGAGAGAAGCCGCCUUUCAAGAUUCCACCUUCGCCUGCUCGGUGUGUCGCCGAGAGUCGCGGAAAAGUUAGGUAUACAACGACUCGUUGCUAAAUAUUACGACGACGCCGUUGCGCAACCUUCAAUUAUCGCCCGUUGUCGUGGUCGUUAUGAGUUUACCUGUUCGCCCCGAGGCGAACGCAGACGUCGCGUUUUCCCGAGACAUUGCAUCUUUUUCCAUAAAUGCGUAUUCCAGCGAGCGAGCGAGUGAAGCGAAGCUUCGUUAUCUGUCGGAUUAACUCUAGCGAUAUAUGGCGAUACUCCGUGUAACUCGCAGUUUUAUCGAGGAGAGAAGGAACAUUGUUACAUGCUAUUCGGGAGAUUGCUCUUUUUAUACUGCCGCGAUAAACUUUCUCGUAGCUCUUGGCAUUCCAGAAUGAUCUAUGAGAAGACGUUUUGUCAGUAGAAAAACGAAGGAUCUUGAUUCUUCUUUCUUAGAAUUCCUCUUUCUUAGAAUGUGUUCGCUUGUUCAUAAUUAUUCUCCUGUAAUCACACUUUUACAUGUUUAUCAUAUGCAAUGAAACGAAGCAUGCUCGUCGUACGUAUCUAAGCUGGCGAUAGAGAAAUGUUCCCCCUCUCUUAGAUAACGCUGGCGUUAGACGGGUAUCUCGUUAUUGGCGAAUGAAGACCAAGAGGUCCGAGUUUCGUGAAGGAGGAUCGACUGCGAGUUCCUGAGAAAAGUGUCAUUAAGAUCUCAUCCGCCGUCGCGCCGAGACGUCGCCUCGUUUGCGAGACGUUGAUUCAUAGUUCUCGCGUAUCAAGUUGUGUUACGACACGUCGAUUUACGGCCCUCCUCUACCGUAAAGGAGGAAGGAUGAAGUUAACGGAAUACCUGGAAAUAUUUAUCGCGUCCAGGCCGAUUGGUCAUCCGCGAUUCGCCGCCGAUCAGCUACGUGUGAACGCGUUAAUCGGCACUUAGAAUUUAAGUGGCGUUACCAAGUUCGACUGCGUUUACAACAUCGUCAAUGUCGCGCAUCACUCAAGCGGACACAAUGUCCCUCGUCGCAGCGGCAAUUUGCCUUUGUGUCACCGUUACGCGGUCACGAGAGCUCCCCUCGUGCCGGGGCCGCCUUCUCUUGGAACGAAUGGAGAACCGGAGACCGGUCGUUGCAAUUUGUCACGAAAACAGCGAGCGCAAGAGCGACCAUCGGCGUCGAGAGCCCCGUAUACGCCGUGCGUGCGCGUGCUCGCGAUAUUGUGUGCUAAUUACAUUUUGUACGCGUACACCGUUAUGUCACUCCGCGGGCCGAUUCGAAGUGAAAGUAUCACGAGAGGCAGCGAUCGCGCGGACUUACUAUCGCCGGCGGCCUCGGCCAAAGGACGAAAAUGCCGCGUUUUGCGCGAUACACCUCUCUCCGCCGGGCUGAUCAUUCGCGAGCUGAUAAUGUUUAGCGCUGCGUCAAUAUAACUCUGUUAUAUCUAUAUACCUGGGACUUCACCGAGGCACCCACAUUCGCGAUUGUUACCUGGCCAACCAGAUAGUAAAUAAGUUACGCGUACACGGAGAGAUUGUAGUUCUUUUUUUUUUAUAUUUAUUCUCCUUAAUUUUAGCAUGUUCCUAGCUUAUAUAUAUAGGAAUAGACUGUCAUUAAGAUCCGUCUUCCUAAGGAACACAGUGAAUUUUGCUGGAAACAUGGUGUUUCAAUAGCACAUUUCAGUUUUCAUAUAUAUUUUUCUAUGUAUAGAUAGAACAAAAAAUCACAAUAACGUGAAAAUUACGAGAAAAUAAUAAAUCACUUCUUGCUUAUGAUUCGAUAAUUUUCUCAUCAUUUCGAUGUUAUUGGACGUUCUCAUGAUUUUCUGUUCCAUCUAAAUGUGAUCGCGAGUUUCUUACAAAAUAUACUUAAGUAGCGCAUGUGAAAUAAAGGAAUUGUGAAUUACUGUGGAAUAUCGAUCAAUUCCUUGGCUACAAAAUUUUACGGUAAUUUUUAACUACAAAAUUCUCUCCUUGUAUGCAAUGCAUUUAUUAUUUGUUAUUGUUGAGAUAAUCUGAAAAUGUCAAAUUAUUUUAUGUGUUUGUUAAAUUAACUUCAGCCGCGAGUUACAAGUUAUGCAGAAGAUGUACGGACGCAAAGUGAAGUUAUCUUCUCGCGAUCCGAGUAGGCGUGAGGUCCUCUAAUAUAUUCGAGCUAAUAUACCCGAAAGAUACGAGUACCCGAAAAAAAAACUCGAAAGACGUACUCGAGUAGUCGAAAUUGAUAGCACUAAUAAUGACGAUGACGUCGCAGAGUGAGCGACGAAUUGUCGCGAAGGAUUGUUGCGAUUAUAUGCACAACAUGUAAUUAGACAAACAAAACGAAAGAGACAGAGGAACAAUGUCGCGAUAGCCGAGUGACUCAAAAUAGGCAAGAGCAAUUAUCAAAAAUCACUUCGAACUGGAGAAAUCAAAAACAAUGUAAGAAUUUGACGGAACGAACAAAAUGAAAAAAAAUAGUCUUGCUCAUCAGAGAAAUUGCAUCGAGAAAAUCGCGAGAUGACAAUUCAAUUUUGUCGCCUGCGAAGUGCAUAACGGAUACGAAGAUCACUGUAUUACCGGCAGCAGUCGAGACAGACACCGACGUGUUUCAUGUGAUUUUUCGCUUACACUCCGAGAAAAACACGGUGAUGGCGACUGUGUACAUAGAAAUUGUAAUGUACACAGUUAAUUAAGCUAUACAUUUUAAUUUUACAUUUCUACAUUUGAUAUUUUAGCACUUUCGUGAUGUUGUCCAAUACUUGGUAUGUUUGGACCGCGUCUCCUUUGUACUUGGCCCCGAAGUUUUUCGUAAACAUUCCAGUUCACUUCUUCAGGAAGCAGGUUGAACUGAAACUAAUUCCACGCGACAAAACUCGUACGGUUGUCACCCAUACAGUCGCCAUCGCCAUGUCUUUCUCUCUGAAAGUAACGAAAAAAUAGUCAGUAACCACAAUUAAUCGUAAAAGAAUGAUUCUCCUCUCGACGUGCUGCGCGCACGUCGUUCUAAUUAAGAUUAAGGAGCCGUUGGGCGGCAACGGAACGGCGGCGGGCUGUGUUGAAGGAACGCGGCACCUGGUACAAUCAAUUCGCCGUUAGUUUUCGACAAUCAAUCUCCCGUGGCGCGAGCACUCGACACACCGAGAUGCUUCGGUGCACGUUAGUCAGCCCGCUGUCGUUAUAGGCGGACAGGCUUGGAGAGGAAAGCGGUCUAAUGUCUCUCAGACGACGUCACGACGUAGUGCGAAUGUGCGAGCGGUGAAAGGAUUUAUAUGGCCCGAAUGAGGGACCGCCGUUUUAUUAUUGUAACGAUAUCUCUCUCCGGCACUUGCACGCACUGAAAAAAUCGCGUAGCGGUGACGCGAUAACGGGGACGUCGAUAACGCGGUACGAGCGGUUUCACGAGCGAUGCGUGGCUCCGGUUUUGAGGAAACUGAAGUGUAAAAACUCAAGGAGAACGAGAUAGAGACAGACCAGAUCCAGGAGAGAUCUUGGGGAAGAAGCUACUCCCCAGACAGCACAAGAUCUCCAGGGAAUGUCCCGGAAACGUUUCUCAUUAAUAAGUAAAUUGUUUUGCUGUUUUCUUUCUUUCUGACAAUUUGUGUCUUUUUUUGUUUUUAGAAGGGGACGUUUUGUUCCGUAAAUAAGUAAAUAAAGAACGUCUUUAGGGUGUUAUACGGAGAUCUGUGCUAUUUGAGUCGGAACAACGACCCGACGGCGAAUUGAAAAUCACGGCGCGAUGAGAUAAUAGCGUGUCGCUUUUGGCGAGAUUUCUCAGACUGGAAUUGCGCCGCGCUCGCGGAAUGAACGGGUCGCGUGAUGAAGAUCGGCGAAAAGGCGGAUAGUCGUUAGCGCGCAGCAUUUACAAAGGCCUGGGUUUCGAAUAAUCGCGAUAAUCGUCCGCCGCGCUACUCGUCUGUUCACGACGAGCCUUUUUUCUCCCUUAAUGUUCUUGUUUUUGUCGUAGGACCUUGAAGAGCUCUAAUAGUUAUGUACCGGCUUCUGUAAAUAUUAGACUUUCGUGCAUCGGAGUGGGUGCAACGAUCAGAUGGCAGGGAAGAGGGAGGGAGAGAAAGAGGGGAAUGCCUUACGAUAAUCAUCGGUGCAAACGAACCUUCCGUUGUAGUGGGAUAUAUCGUUAAUUAUAAUUAACGAAACGCGAACGCGUCUCUCGCAACAAGGAAAAAUCUCGCGAAGACGUUGUUCCGAUACACAGCGGGGUAGUUUUAAUCGUCGAAAGUAAAUUUAUUUAUAUAUGUUAUGUUUUCUUUUUCUUUUAUAAAGUCUCUAUGAUCGGUUAAUUUGUUGAUGUUUAGAGAUAGGGUAAUUAGAUGCUACGUAUUGGAACACUCAUUUGACGUACACAAUUGCUUUCAGUACAGAGAAUAUGAUUCUUUGAAUUUUUGCGGUAUUUCCUGAAAGAAGGAAGACGAUAGGAUCAUAUCGUACCCUCAUGUGCACCUUCGCGUGAAUAUUCUUAAUUCUAGUACAUGAUCAGUAUUCCAGAUGAAUAUACAUGCAACAUUCGUGCAGUUGCUGACUUUAUUCUUUUCGCAUCAAGCGCCUUAUCUUAUCCGUAUUGAUUAUCUAGCGCGUACAAGCGACGAUAACACUUGUCACCGGACGACCGACGAAACUCGGAGGUGUUAUCCGACGUGAUUUUUCCUCGGCGAUCCCAAUCGAGAUCGCAGGUUGGGCAGGAUUCCUUGCCGACCUAAUCGUUGCACCGAGCUCUUGGAAUGUAUAUAACCACGCGCACGUAUACAUACGCACAACUUAAAUAAGAGCCAAGUACACAUGUUACGAUCUUCGCACACGUCCAACAUUAUUAUGUAAGCGUAACUUUAAGCAUUACGUUUGACGGUAAGAUUUAGCUAUGUGUUAUUACUCAUGAAAUUACACGUAUUCACGUACAUGUGUAAAAAGAAGUGUGCUCGAGUGUA